GGAGCGCCGAGCCGCAUUUGUCUGCUCGAGGUGCUUCGCGAGAGAGCGUUGUUUUCGCCGGCCGGGGGCUGCAAGUGUCAGCGGCGGCCGCGGCCCGGCGCAAGACCGAGUCCGAGGACGCACGCGCCAGCUGGCCGCGAUCGCAGGCAGGGGGCGGCGUGCCAGAGGAGCAACAUGCAGAUAGGCGCCCGGCGCCCUGACGACCCCUCCCGAGGCAAAGAGGCCGGGGCGGCGCUGGGGCGGUGGAGAGCAUGAGGGAGGCCGGGGGGCGGCUCGGCUCGGAGCGCUGCUAGGGAGCGGUGCGCGCUGCACACUCGCCGGGGCGCAGCCGAGAGCGGGGAGCCGGGCGGGUCGCGCCACGGGGCGGGAGCCGGCCGCCGGGAGCUGUUCUGAUUUCCGAAGCGAACGCGAGGGGCCCGGAGCAGCCCCCGGCCCCGGCGUGCAGCCAACAUGGGCAACGCGGGGAGCAUGGAUUCGCAGCAGACCGAUUUCAGGGCGCACAACGUGCCUUUGAAGCUGCCGAUGCCCGAGCCAGGUGAACUGGAAGAGCGAUUUGCCAUCGUGCUGAAUGCUAUGAACCUACCCCCUGACAAAGCCAGGUUACUGCGGCAGUACGAUAAUGAGAAAAAGUGGGAGCUGAUUUGUGAUCAGGAACGAUUCCAGGUGAAGAAUCCUCCCCAUACAUACAUUCAAAAGCUCAAAGGCUAUCUGGAUCCAGCUGUAACCAGGAAGAAAUUCAGGCGGCGUGUUCAAGAAUCCACACAAGUGCUAAGAGAACUGGAAAUUUCUUUAAGAACCAACCAUAUUGGAUGGGUCAGAGAGUUUCUGAAUGAAGAAAACAGGGGUCUUGAUGUUCUAGUGGAAUAUCUAUCAUUUGCGCAGUACGCGGUCACUUUUGAUUUUGAAAGCGUGGAAAGCACUGUGGAGAGCUCGGUGGACAAAUCAAAGCCCUGGAGUAGGUCCAUCGAGGAUCUACACAGAGGAAGCAACCUGCCCUCCCCGGUGGGCAACAGUGUAUCCCGCUCAGGAAGGCAUUCUGCACUGCGAUUGGUUUCUCUGCCUGAGUAUCUUCAGUUCAAAUGCCACCAGAGCUGCUCCUCUCCCUGUUGCCUCUGGAGCAGCUUCAGUUUACACACUGAUGAUGAGGCUUCAAACCGGAAAAUCUCAUAUAAUACUUUGCCAAGCAGAAGAACCCUGAAAAAUUCAAGAUUAGUGAGUAAGAAAGACGACGUGCAUGUCUGUAUCAUGUGUUUACGUGCCAUCAUGAAUUACCAGUAUGGUUUCAACAUGGUCAUGUCUCAUCCACAUGCUGUCAAUGAGAUCGCACUGAGCUUGAACAACAAGAAUCCAAGAACAAAAGCCCUUGUCUUAGAACUGUUGGCAGCUGUUUGUCUUGUCAGAGGCGGGCAUGAAAUCAUUUUAUCAGCAUUUGACAACUUCAAGGAGGUUUGCGGAGAAAAACAGCGCUUUGAGAAGUUGAUGGAACAUUUCAGGAAUGAAGACAAUAACAUAGAUUUUAUGGUGGCCUCUAUGCAGUUUAUUAAUAUUGUAGUCCAUUCAGUAGAAGACAUGAAUUUCAGAGUUCACCUCCAGUAUGAAUUUACCAAGUUAGGCCUGGAUGAAUACUUGGAUAAACUGAAGCACACUGAGAGUGAUAAGCUGCAGGUGCAGAUUCAGGCUUACCUGGACAACGUAUUUGACGUGGGAGCUCUGCUGGAAGAUGCUGAAACCAAGAAUGCAGCCUUGGAGAGGGUGGAAGAGCUGGAGGAGAACAUUUCUCAUUUGUCUGAAAAGCUGCAAGACACAGAGAAUGAAGCCAUGUCCAAGAUCGUGGAACUGGAAAAGCAGCUGAUGCAGAGGAACAAGGAGCUAGAUGUUGUUCGAGAAAUCUACAAAGAUGCAAAUACCCAGGUUCACACAUUAAGGAAAAUGGUCAAAGAAAAAGAAGAAGCCAUUCAAAGACAGUCUACCCUGGAAAAAAAGAUUCAUGAACUGGAGAAACAAGGGACCAUUAAAAUUCAGAAGAAAGGGGAUGGGGACAUUGCCAUUCUGCCAGUUGUGGCUUCUGGCACAUUGUCCACAGGGUCAGAGGUGGCAGUGGGUAACUUUGUGGGACCAGCAAUGGGGGUUGCCUCCUCGGGCCCCCUGCCCCCUCCUCCCCCACCACUACCUCCAUCGUCAGACACACCUGAAGCAGUGCAAAAUGGCCCAGUAACGCCACCUAUGCCACCACCGCCACCACCCCCUCCCCCUCCCCCACCGCCUCCACCCCCUCCUCCUCCCCCUCCUCUCCCAGGUCCUGCAGCUGAGACUGUGCCAGCUCCUCCUUUACCUCCCCCACCUCCUCCCUCUGCACCCCCGCUGCCUGGGACGUCCUCACCCACAGUGGUUUUCAACUCAGGACUAGCAGAUGGGCCAAUCAAGCUUUUCUCUGUGAAAAUUAAGAAGCCAAUCAAGACGAAAUUCAGAAUGCCAGUUUUUAACUGGGUUGCCCUGAAGCCAAAUCAGAUCAAUGGCACAGUCUUCAAUGAAAUUGAUGAUGAGCGGAUUCUGGAGGAUUUAAAUGUGGAUGAAUUUGAGGAAAUAUUUAAGACAAAAGCUCAAGGUCCUGCCAUUGAUCUUUCUUCAAGCAAACAGAAGAUAACACAGAAGGGAUCAAACAAAGUGACGUUACUGGAAGCAAAUAGGGCCAAAAAUCUAGCCAUAACUUUGAGGAAAGCUGGAAAGACUGCUGACGAGAUAUGUAAAGCUAUCCAUGUAUUUGACUUGAAGACAUUGCCUGUAGACUUUGUAGAAUGUUUGAUGAGGUUCUUGCCAACUGAGAAUGAGGUGAAAGUGUUCCGGCUCUAUGAGCGGGAAAGGAAGCCCCUGGAGAACUUGUCAGAUGAAGACCGGUUCAUGAUGCAGUUCAGUAAAAUUGAGAGACUCAUGCAGAAGAUGACCAUCAUGGCCUUCAUUGGGAACUUUGCGGAAAGCAUUCAGAUGCUGACUCCUCAACUGCACUCAAUUAUAGCAGCAUCUGUGUCUAUAAAAUCAUCCCAAAAACUCAAGAAAAUUCUGGAGAUUAUCUUGGCCCUUGGAAACUAUAUGAAUAGCAGUAAGCGAGGAGCAGUUUAUGGAUUUAAACUUCAGAGUUUAGAUCUGCUCUUAGAUACAAAGUCAACAGACCGAAAGCAAACACUGUUGCACUAUAUUUCAAAUGUUGUAAAAGAAAAAUAUCACCAAGUGUCCCUGUUUUAUAAUGAGCUUCAUUAUGUGGAGAAAGCUGCUGCAGUCUCCCUCGAGAAUGUUUUGCUGGACGUCAAAGAGCUCCAGAGAGGCAUGGACUUAACCAAGAGGGAGUACACCAUGCACGACCACAACACGCUGCUGAAGGAGUUCAUCCUCAACAAUGAGGGGAAGCUGAAGAAGCUGCAGGAUGAUGCCAAGAUUGCACAGGAUGCUUUUGAUGAUGUGGUGAAGUAUUUUGGAGAAAACCCCAAGACGACGCCACCCUCUGUCUUCUUUCCCGUCUUUGUCCGGUUUGUGAAAGCCUAUAAGCAAGCCGAAGAGGAAAAUGAGCUGAGGAAAAAGCAGGAACAAGCACUCAUGGAAAAACUCCUGGAGCAAGAAGCCCUGAUGGAGCAGCAGGACCCAAAGUCUCCUUCCCACAAAUCAAAGAGGCAGCAGCAAGAAUUAAUUGCAGAAUUAAGAAGGCGACAAGUUAAAGAUAACAGACAUGUAUAUGAAGGGAAAGAUGGCGCCAUUGAAGACAUUAUCACAGUGCUGAAGACUGUGCCCUUUACUGCUCGCACCGCCAAGCGUGGCUCUCGAUUUUUCUGCGAACCUGUUCUCACUGAGGAAUACCAUUACUAAACUAUUACUCUUUCUCACCUGAUGCUCUUAAAAGAUCUUAGAAACCAACCAUACAGACGAGCCGAUGCGGUGAGGAGAAGUGUCAGGCGGCGCUUUGAUGAUCAGAACUUGCGUUCUGUUAAUGGUGCCGAAAUAACCAUGUGAACCUGAGACCUGCCUGUAUGAGUAGAGAGUGCGUGAAUGAAACUCUCCACAUGAACUUUAUGCGCUACCCUUUAACUGCAACCUUGAACAUUGAUAAAAUAUUCUAAGGGCUCAGAUUUAGCAAACACAUAGGAAUUUAAAAAUGACGGGCUCUCCUUUCAACCUUUGUUAACAAGUGCCUAAAAGUGGAAGUACCUGCUCAGAUUAAUCAAAGCAAUAGGGUUUGAUUUGAUUAGGUAUCUUUUUACACCAGUAUAUUAUCCAAUUUUUUAACCAAAAUGUAAAUUUCGUAUUACAUUCAUUAUCUGCCAUUGUGAUUGUCCCAUGAUGGCACACCCUGGUUUCCUGAUAAGCUGUAAAUAACGUGGAUGUAAUCUGCUCUGGGUUUCCUUUGCUGAGAUGUCUUAAGGAAUUUUGUGUUUUAGCCAUACCCAUCAACUUUGUAUUUUAAAGGGCUUGCAACAUGGAAGAAGGAAAAGGUCACAUGACAGACUGCUGUCCAUAAGCAAGCCCCAGCGAAGUACAAACAGGAUGUAUUGCAGUGGCACAGGAUAAGUCCCUCAACUCUUAUCUCAUUACACAUUCUACUUCUGUGCUAGGGUUAUGAUGCCCUGUGAGAAAAGUUCACCGGUAUGAAUGCAAGGAUAUAGUGGCAUACAGAUUUGUGUAAGAUUUAUUUGCAGUACUGUGUUCUUCAGCUAGAGGCAGCUUUUAAAAAAAAUAAUGCAAAUGUAUUUAUUAAUUAGCACUAAAAUUAACAUCUCAGUAAUCAGUAUUAGGAUUUCUGAGGACUAUUAUGGGCCAAUCCUGAGAAUAGAAAUUGGUGCCUUGCUAGCCAGGGAGAAGCUCAUUAAGCUUUAUCAACAAGCAUUCAAGAUUACUUCUGCUAGCUAGUAGUGUUAGUUAACCCAGCCUUAUUCUGACAAUCGCAAGUUUUUUUCCCCCUUCUUCUUCCUUUUAUAAAUUGGAUAUAUUUUGCAUUACAUAUCAAAGCUAAAUUCUUGUAUUUCCCACAUUACUUUAUGGGAAAUUGCAAUUAAAUUGCUUGAAAUAUUCACAUUGGGAUUAAGCUUACAUGAUAGGUAAUGGGACUAAAUCAAUGGCCAACUAAGCCACUGUUAUUUUUCCUUCCUCUCUGGCAGGGCACUUGAUCCAUUCCAAAGUCAGAAACUGGACUAAAGCUAAUUUGUACUUUCCAUAAUAUACAUUCUGCUUCUGGCUUACCUUCUUGGUACAUUACAUCAAUAUAUUAAUUGUAAAGUUUAUUGUAUAGUAUUUAACCACUGAAUCUUAUUUUAUGUUGUGCUUAUGUGAGCUCCUUGGUGAAGGUCCCAUUUUCCUUGGAUAAUGUGUAGUUAUAUGAUCUCUUUUUAAAUGUACAGAUAUUUUGCUAUAAAAUUGGUGCAGUUUUUUAUGGUUUUUACACUUUAAUUCCCACCUAAGCCUCUGGGUAAUAUUGUAAAUAUUGUUUAAAAAUGCAUCAGCCUGUGCUAUACAAUCUGAAUGUUAUUUUAACUUAUAGGUUUUUUUUUUUUAAUAUAUAUAUUUAACUACAAGGACAGUUUAGGGAUCAGUUACCACAUUUCACUUUAGCAUACCUAUUUACAAAAAAUUACUUUUAAAACUGCCACCUGCUAGCACAUUUUCAUAAAUGUGUACUUUAAAAAGAACAUGCUGAGAUUUUGUCUGUUGACUCAACAUUCAUUUUGGUGAAAAAAGCAAUUUGACCAUGAGCUACAACACAAGUAGUCGGCCCUUUAUCACAAGCAGCUGUUUUCCAAAGCUCAGUGCUAAUGAGCAUAUAUUAAAAUAAUUACCUAUUUAUUAAUCUACAGAUAGACAAUAAUGUUGGCAUGUUCUUUUGUUUAUUAAUGGGCCUGCUUCUUAGCAAUAUUAGAAAUGUUUUAUAAAAAAGCAGUUCAUGUUACUUUUCUGGUCUUUUCAUGGCAUAUGAGCAAAUAAACUAUUUACACUACUA